GACUAGAGCUUUAUGUACCGUAUAAUGAAAAGCUUUCAUUCCUGUGAUAUUGAAAAUGUGAUUCUUUAAAAGUACCCAUUAAGAAUGUUUUAUUUUGCGCUUUUCUUCUUGGGAUCGGUCAUUGUCAGAAUCAUCUGUGAAGAUGCCGAAGUUAACUGCGGAACAAAAUGGUUUGGACCAAAAUGUCAAUUCAUGUGCCAGUGUCAAGAUGGUUGUGACACACAAGGCCAGUGCUUAGGGACGAAGGAAUGUAAUGAAGACUGGAUCGAACAUGCUUGCCAAUAUCGAUCCAUUCCAUUUAUAACUGAGACAUUCGGGAUCAAUAAUGUUGGAUCCCCUGCAAGUUCCAUAUUGCAGGAUGAAGAUGACUCCACUUGCUUAAACGAUGACGAAAUUCGGUCUGUAAAAAUACUUAUGUUUCCAAAAAUUGUAUUUUUAUGGAUACGAUUAGUUGUCGACAAUGCAGAUUUGGUAGACAAAAUUACGGUGCACGGUGAAGACACUUCUGAUGUGCUUACAAAAGAAUUCGAUUGCUUGCGACAGCAGUUUACCAUCGUCAACAACAAGACAGUCUACAUACGCUGUGACAUGAAUGGUGCUGUAAAUAGUAUCAUCUUAAAAGGAGAAGGUCUUACUUCACUCUGCACUAUUCAAAUUAACCUGGGUCGAAAUUUUGCGUUGAGACAAAGGACUGAGCAGACAACUACAGUUGUAAACAAUUUUGCAAGUAAAGCCGUAGAUGGAGAUUGGAGCGGUGAUGUCACAAGAGGGAGUUGUACUGAGACUAAUAAUGUUAUUGAUUUUACACCAACAUGGUUUCUAACAUUAGACGAAGAAAUUGCUGUAAACAUAAUUGCAAUAAUCCUUCCUGAUAAAUCAACAUCAAUGAGCAGAGACCUGUUAAACUAUAAAAUAUUAGCCUUGGACAAGUAUGACUCACUUAUACUGGAUAUGAUGCUCGAAAAUACUGACUUUAUUGUGAAUAUAUAUAAAGCUCUGAUUAAGAAAGUCAUUAUACAAGCCAAAAAUAAAACUUCUACCAUGGCAUCGCUUUCAUUAUGUGAAGUUCUGGUGUUAGGCGAAUGCCCACCAGGAAAGUGGGGACUGGACUGUAAGAAAGACUGUAAUGACCACUGUCCAGAAAAUUGUAAUGAAAUAGACGGCUCGUGUCCGACCCAAACAAGUUGUCUGGGAUACUUUCCACCAAAGUGUACACAGGUGUGUCCUCCUAACAAAUGGGGCGUUAAGUGUAGAGAAAACUGCCCUGGUGCCUGCGCCUAUAGCUACUGCAAUAACAGUUAUGGCCAUUGUACAGCUGGUUGUAAUGGAUACUCGGAUCCACCGUUUUGCACAGAAGCCUGUCUCCCUGGCUAUUACGGACUGAACUGUCGCAGUUACGCAUCACCUCAGAACAAAGAAAGCGAGAACAAUCAAUGCGAAAUAUUAUCACUUGAUGAGUUACAGUCUCGUUGUGUACAUGGAAGUGACAAGUUUGUUUUCAGUGUCUCAAAUUUCUUUAUUGGAUUGGGGACUGGAGUAGCAGCCGCGCUUAUCAUUGUCACUUUGGUUAUAAUCGUCCGAAAAUGUUGCCUUAAAAGAAGACCUCUUCCGAUGACCACCGACGAUGGUUAUGAGGAUAUUUCAGCAGAAAAUGUCACCAAUGUCUCCAAAACUUCAACUCAUACUGGGAUUAAUUGCUCCAACUCCAGGACGGCAGAUGAACCAGUAAAAAGAAACAUGGCUUCGUACGAUGAGAUUGAUGUUAAGAGACACGGAGAUAGGCCUGGAGAAUAUUCCAGGGCAGUUGAAGCUAUACAGGAACAAUAAGCAAAUAGUCACGUAUUUUCAUCAUCACCCUCUGUCCAAUUAACAUUCGUCGUAAAGGGGGGGGGGGGGGUGACUGUUGUCGUAGCCUAAUUCCUUCCGCUUUUUCCUGGUCAGCAACUGGUCUUAUCAGAAUAUCAAGAGAGAGGCCGGUCUAUUCUUUUACAUUGUCGAGACAGUUAGUUUUCGGACGGCAUAUGGAUUUGAAUAAUAAUUAUUGAAUACGAUACUUUCAUUUAUAGUUUAUAGUGUGGAAAUUAAAAUAUAUGUAUGUAUAAGAAAAAUAAAAUUACGUAUUUUAAUUAUAUAUUUAACUUCAGCUUAUUAUUCAAAUUCAUUACUACAUUUCUUUGAGUUUGAAAUAUUUCUCUUUUUCUCUUUCUUUAUUUCUCUGUUUCUCUCUCUGUCUCUCACACUGUACCCUCUCUAUCUCUCUUUCCCCUUUCCCCUAUCUCUUUCUCUUUUCUAUGUAAUCUUUUUCUCUCUUUCUUUCUCUCUCUCUCUCUUCUUUCACUUUAUGUCUAAAUCUCUUUCUCUUCUCUCUCUCUUUGUUUCUGUCUCCAUUUAUU